ACUGAUGUUUUGUUCAAGGUGUGAAGAACAUCAUCUUGAUCUUCACAAGUGAGAUGCGGUGUUAGAUUUAUCGGUUGUGCUUGGAUUGUAAGGCACAAUGUUCUAUUGGCGACGGCAUGGGUCUUAUGAACUGGAAACUGUGCCAUGUACACAGAGUGAGUUGGGGGUGGAGAAGUACACCUGGACCUCCCUCAUGGACAUUACCCAGAAGUCUUGUGGUGAGAAGCCUGCACAGGAGGAGAAAACUGGCAUCUUGUGUCAGCAUCCCAACUGUCCCGAACGGCGGCUUGCUUCCAAGGUGUGUCACCACCUGUCGUGUCAGGACCUUAGAGACGGCAGCCCACUGCACCUCUGUGAGUCAUGUGACUCAAACUGCCAUCCCGUCGUCCAUGACGGAAUGCUCUUUGACAGGCAUCCACGGUUUGACCUGCAACCACAAAGUUCCAUCCUGGCCCGGAACGUGUCCACUCGUUCCUGUCCGCCUCGCACCGGUCCCCCCUCUGACAUGGAGGAUGGAGAGGAUGGAUACUCUGACCUAGGGGAUCGCAGGAGUGGAGGAAUGAAACUGGUUAAGAAGAAGACCAGACGCAGACACACAGAUGACCCCAGCAAGGAGUGCUUUACUCUGAAGUUUGACCUAAAUAUUGACAUCAGCAUGGAGAUCGUCCCAGCUGUGAAGAAGAAAACCUUGAGAGAAGUCCUGGGAGCUGUAUUUGAAAGAAAAGGCAUUGAGCUGUCACGGGUCAACCUGUUCCUAGAUCAGUCCAAUACCCCACUUUCACUGGGAUUUGAAGCCUACCGCUUUGGUGGCCACUACCUCAGAGUACGAGCUCGACCAGGAGAGGAGCUGAGAGUGGAGAGGUGUGUGAAAGACCCCCGUUCUCUCAGUCUGCCUAUCAUGAGGUCCUCCAGCACACAUAGUUCUUCUACUGACCGAGCAGAGCAUGGAUCUCUGGGACGCCGAGAGGCGGCAGACCUGCUAGUUGGCCUGGGUCAAACGCGUAGGCGAAAGAACAUGCCGGAGUUUCUGGGCGAUGCCAGCGCCGCCAGUCAAGACUCCGUAUCCCAGUUGAGCGGUUCUCUCCCAGGAUCUGCCACGGGUACAGACCGCUGGAGGAACCGUGCCGCCAGCCGUUUCAGCGGCCUCUUCAGUUCCAACUCAGGAAACGGCUCUCUUGGGAAGGAGUGUGAUCGCGUGGAACAGCUUCAGAGUAAACUGUACUCAUAUACUAUGCUCGGAUUACCCAAGAUGCCUCCUCAGCUCUCGUUCCACAGAGACUCAUGGGAAGAGGAGCCCAACCUGGAGCUAGAAGAGAGCUGGAAGCAGCUUUUAGACAAUCCUGAGAUUUUAACCAGACGUCAGUGCCAUCAGCAAGAGGCUAUAUGGGAACUGCUGCAGACAGAGUCAGGCUACAUCAAGAAAUUGCAUGUCAUUACUGAUCUGUUUCUAUGUGGCCUGCUGAACCUGCAGGAGAGUGGUUUACUGAGUGAAGUCGAACCUGUGCGCCUCUUCAGUAACAUUCAAGACAUUGUGCAACUGCACACAUCCCUGUGGGCUGAGGUCAUGCUGCCGGCGCUAGAGAAAGCCAGACAGAAAAGAUCAGUGAUCAACCCCACUGAACUACAUCAGGGCUUCAGCACUUUUGGUUUCCGAUUCAAGCCCUACAUCCGUUACUGCAUGGAGGAAGAGGCCUGUAUGGAGUACAUGCGCACUUUAUUGAAAGACAAUGAACUCUUCAGAAUAUAUGUAACUUGGGCAGAAACUCAUAAACAGUGCAACCGGCUGAAGCUGACAGACAUGUUGGUGAAGCCUCAUCAAAGACUUACUAAAUAUCCACUGCUGCUCAAAAGUGUGUUGAAAAAGACAGAUGCCCCGCCAACUCGGGAGGCCCUUAACAAAAUGGUGGCUGCUGUUGAAUGCUUCAUUAACAAUGUGGACUCACAAAUGAGACAAAGGGAGGAAAAACAGAAGCUGGCUGCCAUCGCUGGACGUAUAGAGGCGUAUGAGGCUGUGGAGGGGGCCAGCGAGGAGGUGGAAAGGAUCCUCAGGGAAUAUAAUAAUUUUGACCUGACCGCUCCAGUCAUGGGCGCUCCACCUGAAGAGACUCGUCAGCUGCUCCUAGAGGGAGCUCUGAAGAUGAAGGAGGGUAAAGAGAGCAGGAUGGAUGUAUACUGUUUCCUGUUCACUGAUGUUCUGUUGAUUACUAAGUCGGUGAAGCGUGUGGAGAAAGUGAAGGUGAUCCGGCAGCCUCUCGUCAUCCAUAACGUGGUGUGCCGAGAGCUGAAAGACCCAGGAAGCUUCCUCCUUAUCUACCUCAACGAGUUUCGCUGUGCCGUGGCCUCCUACUGCUUUCAGGCCAACAGUGGCACUCAGGGCCGCAGCUGGAUUGAGGCCAUUAACAACGCACAGAACCAGCUCCAGAGACUUCGCUCCGAGUCCCAGACAGAUGACACAGAUGACAGGGAUGAGGAUGAGACGGAAAGCAGCAUGUCCACCUCCAGCUCUCCAUCACUACAGCACAGAGAGCCGCUAGGCAAGAGGUACUCUCUCUCUUUCACCAAGCACUCUGAUGGCUCCACGGAAACUCUUUCUGUGGCAGCUAUGGAAGAAACGGAUGAGGUUGGGUCCUUGUCGACCGUUCAUACUGCAUCGUUGAGAAACUCCCUGCUGUCUUCAUCAAGCCUGCGGGAUUCCUUCUCUACUAAUAACAGCAAAACUCUGGAAGGUCUGAGUGAUUUGGUUGCCACAGACGUGGAUCCAGAAAGUCGCUCUCUUUCUAUAGACAGUGCGUACGGAACUCUCUCGCCUCAGUCCCUGGUCGCAGAGCUGGACUUAAAGGGAGCGGUUUGCCAGAGCGAGGGAGAAGAGACCGAUGCUGGGGAGGAAGAAGAGGCAUUUGAGGAUGAUGAAGAUGGUGAUGACGAGGAUUCAAUAACCUGGAACGGCUCUCAGAUUACUGUAAAUGAGUCGUACGUUUCAGAUGGCCAUGUAAACAAUGAGAAGAAUGAUUUUUCUGGGAUGUCUCUGGCCCCGGGUUGUUGCUCACAUACGCUGCGGCGCCGUUCACCCGUCCAGCCCCGUCCAGACUACCUGCAGUACUUUGCCCUCAGGUCACGCUCCGAGGACGACCUGCUUCAAUGCCUCACAGCUCCUCGCUGUUCCUCUGGCAGGAACAACGUCAGCAAGAGCUUGACACACCUCGCCAAACAGACGUCUCACAGCACAGAGCGAUUCCAGUCUGACGAGGAAGAUUUCAGUGGAGACCCCAAAGCACUGUCGAGCAAGCUGACCAACACGCUUAGGAGAGCAGAGGCCAGGCAAGUGCAAAGGACCCUCAGCUGCCCCAAUGGCGAGGCGGACUGUGAGACUAAAGAGAAUGAGACACCGCCCUCUGGUGGUCUGGAGGAAAAGAGUGACUUGAUGCUAUCCCAGCAGCCACAUCAGCAGCAUAAGAAACUGACGGUGGCUCAGUUGCACAGGAUACGUGCUACCAUGGUGCUCAAUUCAACACUGACAGCAUCGUAA